GAAGCUGGCGUGGCUGAGCACAUGGGGACUAAAGAAGAAUAUGUUAAAGUCAGAAAGAAAGACCUGGAACGGUUGACAACGGAAGUGAUGCAAAUACGGGACUUCUUACCCAGAAUACUAAAUGGGGAUGUGCUGGAAAGCUUCCAGAAGUUAAAGAUUUUAGAAAAAAACCUGGAAAGGAAAGAGCAAGACUUAGAGCAGCUGAGAAUGGAUUGCGAACACUUUAAAGCCCGCCUGGAGACCGUGCAAGCAGAGAGCGUGAGGGAGAAGAAGGAGAAACUGGCUCUUCGACAACAGCUGAAUGAGGCAAAGCAGCAACUGCUGCAGCAGGCUGAGUACUGCACAGAAAUGGGGGCAGCAGCUUGCACCCUCUUGUGGGGCGUCUCCAGCAGCGAAGAGGUCGUCAAAGCCAUUCUGGGAGGAGAGAAAGCCCUGAAGUUUUUCAACAUCACGGGUCAGACGAUGGAGAGUUUUGUGAAGUCCCUCGAUGGAGAUGUGAAGGAGCUUGAUUCCAAUGAGAAUCAGUUUGUGUUUGCUUUGGCUGGGAUUGUAACAAGCGACAGAGAACCUCAGGAUUUCAGGCUAAUGCUGAUGACCCUGUACAAUGUGAGCAUCAAUUUGAAGGGCUUAAAGUACAUCAGUGAGAAUCCAGGCUUCAUCCCUUUGCUGUGGUGGCUUCUGGGUGAUCCCGAUGCCGAAGUGUGUCUCCAUGUGUUGCGCCUGGUCCAGUCUGUGGUUCUAGAGCCAGAAGUCUUCUCCAAGUCAGCCACUGAGUUCCAGAGUUCCCUGCCCCUGCAGCGAAUCCUGGCCAUGUCAAAAAGCCGCAAUUCCCACCUCCAGACCGUGGCCCAGGAACUCCUAGAAGACCUGCGGUUUCUGGAGCAAGGCACAUAGGGGUGCUUGUUGGGCCACAGGGGGCACAGUCAAAACGUCCGUGUCUCUCCCUGCUCCCAUGUCCCUCACUUUGUCUUUUCAAAAUCAUCACUGCAUGCCAUGAGUGACAGAUGGCUAAAUGUGGCCAACUAGAGAGAGAGGUAUCCCACAUAGCUUCCUCUUACAAGUGAAGUGCUUGGAGAUGCUAGAUUAAUCCUUUCAAAGGUGAACCCGAGAAUCUCAAUCCUUCUAGAAGGUCCCCAUAUCUACUGUAACUGAUAGUUCUCAGAAGAAGCUCUUGCUGCUUCGACUUUUGUGACCUGUAGGUUCCCCUGCAAACAUGGAGAUUUAAUAAUGAGAUACCCCCGCCCCAGCAGUUUCUUGAGAUACAUUUUGAAGAGAAAAAAAAAUCACUCUCUCUCUCGUAAUUACAGUUAACCCCUCCAAAUGCAGGGCUAUUUCUAUCACCUCUUGGUGAACUGCUGUUUCAGGUGGCAUCUUAGUUCUCAUGUCGCUCUUAUUUCUGAAUAAAGGAAGUUAGACGAUUCA